AUGAAGAGCAUCGCUGCCAAGGGAGGCAUCCCGGGGCUCGACAAGCUCGACAUCGCCCCGCAGCAGCAGUCCGAGCUGAACGUCUGGUCCGCGGAGAUCGGGUCCGAGAUCCACCAGUCCUCCCUGAAGGUGCAGGAGCUCAGAAAGAUGGCGCGGUCGAAAGGCAUUUUUAACGACAAGACGACGGACAUCAACACGCUCACGUUCAGCGUGAAGCAGGACAUCACCAGACUGAAUCAGAAGAUAGAGGCGCUCGAGGACAAGGCGAGGGGCGCCGGGGCCAACAAGGCCUACCAGGCUCAUUCGAAGAACAUGGUGGACGCGUUGAAGACGCGAUUGCUGGAGGUCACGAAGGACUUCAAGGACGCGCUGGAGGACCGCACCAAGGCCCUCGAGCAGCAGGACAGCCGCCGGAGGAUGUACUCCGCCAGCUCAGGUGCAGCGAGCAACCCGUUCCCGUCGAGGGCCACGGGGAACCCCGAGGACCUGGAGGGCGGCGGCGGUGGGUCUGGCCAGGCCAUGUCCAUGCAGUACUCGACCUCCCGGGUGGAGGCCGUGCAGAGCGUGCAGAAGACCAUCGGGGAGUUGGCCCAGAUGUUCCAGAAAAUGGCGGUCAUGGUGACAGCGCAGGAGGAAAUGAUCCAGCGGAUCGACCAUGACAUCGACGACACGUUGACCAACGUGAACCAGGGCCAGGACCACCUGCUCAAGUAUUUCCACCACAUAUCCUCGAACCGGAUGCUCAUCAUAAAGGUCCUCUUGAUCUUGGUGUUCUUCGUCAUCUUCUUCGUUGUGUUCCUCGCGUGA